AUGGAAAAAUCUGACAGUCCUAAAAUUGAAGAGUGCCUUGAGGUUGUUCCUGACCCCCCAGAAAAGCAAAUUCUGUAUUCAGCCUUUACCAACGGCAGGAGAAAAUUGAUCUUGUUCAUAGUAACUUUUGCAGGGUUCUUGGGUCCUACCUCUGGCAACAUUUACAUUCCUUUGUUACCUUUGCUCCAGAGAGUGUUCAAUGUUUCUACUACUUCUAUAAAUGCCACGGUUUCCGUGUUCAUGGCGGUCUUCGCUGUAGCACCACUUUUUUGGGCUUCUUGGGCAGAUUUUGGCGGAAGAAAGACUUUGUACAUUAUUUCAUUAUUCUUCUUCAUAUUGGCUAACCUUCUUCUUGCAGUUGUCCCUGCAAACAUUGGCGCAUUAUUCGUCUUGCGAAUUCUUCAAGCUUUUGGCGCUUCCAGUGUGAUGUCUGUAGGGGCAGGGUCUAUAGCCGAUAUUACAGAACCAAAGCGCAGAGCAACUGCCAUAUCUUAUUUUCUAAUGGGGCCCCAGCUUGGUCCAAUCCUUGGCCCAAUUCUAAGUCUAAUUGCCACAGAUGGCCAAUGGAGGUGGAUAUUUGGGUUCUUGACUAUCAUUGGAUCAAUUGUCUAUCUCAUGAUUUUGUUUUUGCUUCCUGAAACUUUAAGGUACCUUGUUGGAAGGGGAGAUUCAAGCAAGGGAUGGUUCGUUAAACCAAAAUUGUUUCAAAAAAGAACUGCAACUGAAGAAUUUCCAAAGCCACCUAAGCCUUCUCUUAGAAUCUAUUGGAAAUUGCUAAAGUUUACACCCUUGCUUCUAUGCUCACUUAACGGUGGCUUCUUGUUUGCUUCAUUUUAUGGUGUAAGUAUUACAUUUGCAAGGGUUUUACAAAUUGAUUAUGGUUUAAAUGUGUGGCAAACAAGUAUUUCAUAUAUUUGUCCAGGUAUUGCUAUGAUUUCUGGUAGUCUUUUUGCAGGCAGACUAUUAGACAAGAUAAGUACAAAAAUUAUCAAAGAGCAUGGAAAACAUAUUCCAGAAAAGAGGUUUUCGCUACAAGUGAUUGGUCUAAUAAUUUCCAUGGCAGGAAUGGUUGGAUAUGGAUGGUGUGUUCAAAAGCAUACUCAUUUGGCUCCAAUAUAUAUAAUGGUCUUUCUUGCUGGAUUUGGUAUGACAUGGGUCUUCGUUGGUAACACCACAUAUCUUACGGAGUGUUCAACCGGACAACCUGCAACUAAUGUUGCUAUUGGAAAUGUCAUGAGAAAUGCCUCCGCUGCAAUAUCCUCGGCUAUUAUUGAUAAAGUUAUUUCAAGGAUCGGCUUUGGGUGGAGUUUUACAAUUUUCGGAUUUAUUGACCUUGUAGGCAUUGGUAUAGUUUUGGUACUUAUGCGAUACGGUCAAAAAAUGAGAGAGAAUUUUGAACUAAAUAGGUAA